AUGGCGAGGUUAGGCCAACUGGCUGGAAAUGGAAAUGAAAAUGGCGAAGAAAAUACGAAUGAUAAUGCUGAGGGAAAUGGAGAUAACAUGGGAGGUGCUCCAAUCACCUUGGCUACUUUUCUCAAGGUUCAUCUGCCAAGUUUCCGAGAUUCAACCAACCCUACAGAAGUAGACAACUGGUAUUUGCUGCUUAUCAUCCGCCAACUUCUGGGAGAGUCCCAGCAUUGGUGGCAAGGAGAAUGUCGCUUGCUCCAACUUCAGAAUGCAGAUGUUCCUUGGGAUGUAUUCCAAACGGCCUUCUAUAUAAAGUAUUUUCCUGAGUCUGAAAGGGAAGCGAAGGAGAUGGAACUUAUGCAGCUGAAGCAAGGUUCCUUAUUUGUGGCGGACUACACUAGCCGAUUUGAGAAGCUUUGUAGGUUUUCUAGGGUGUGUCAGGGUACGCCGAAGACCUACGAAAGUUGGAAGUGUAUCAAGUACCAAAGGAGCUUGAAAGUUAGCAUCAUGACUGCUGUGGCUCCUAUGGAAAUUCGAAUCUUCUCCGACUUUGUGAACAAGGCGAGGGUGGUUAAGGAAUACACAAAGACAGUAGCUUCGUCAAAGGACACUCAUGGAGGAAAUACUAGUAGGGGAUGUGGCAAGUAUUUUCAUCCAAGGGGUCAGAGUUUCAAGAGAGGAGGAUAUGCGCCUCAAGGUCAAGGAGGCUUCAGAAAGAACACUCGUAAUCAGUUUAAGUAUGCGAAAGGGAGAGGGAAUCAUAGUAAGAUUUCUCUGGAUUUGACUUGUGUACGUUGUGGACAUUUUCAUCCAUAUGACUCUUGCAAGAUUGGUAUAGGUGGUUGCUUCAAAUGUGGAUUGCCUAGCCACAUUACGAGGGAUUGCACUCGUGGGAAGAAUCCGAAUGCGGUCUUAAUUGCAAUGUAUGAUACUGGAGCUUUGCAUUUGUUUAUUUCGUUUGCUAAAGUUGAGGAACUAGGCUUGAAAGUGUCAGAAAUGGCAUUUGAAAUGCAUAACAAGUACCUGCUGCCAAGGAUAGAUGACUUGAUGGAUCAACUACAAGGAGAUGGGGUGUUUUCCAAGAUUGAUUUGAGAUUCGGUUACCAUCAGAUAAGGGUGAAAGUGGAUGACAUUCUAAAAACUGCGUUUAGGACGCGCUAUGGACACUACGAGUUUACGUGA